AUGCCUCGCUUACCGUCUCUCGUUUCGCUUCUGUUGCUUUCGCGCUCCUUUCUUCCCGGUGUGUCGGCUGAAGAGACCGAGGUGGUGACAUGCGCGACAUCCACGCCCAAUCCCCUUUCAAAUCCGUCAUUUGAAAGUGGUAUCACCGGCUGGGGAUUUGCCUCCGGAACCACUGGCAACGUCAUCUCAGGCGAUGCAGCUGACGGCUCUCUAUAUGUUGAGACGAGCGCGACCAGCACAUCGGUAACGGUCCUACUAUAUCAGAGAAGUAGCUCGUUCAUUACGAAUGGCCAAUAUACCGGAUCAUUCCAAUAUCGCAUCAAGCCGACUUCCUCUCACGCCAGUAUGACUUGCUAUAUCAAGGCGUACAUUGACUCUUUCACCACCGCCGGCCUCGUCGGAAGUGCUACCGUGUCUGUCUCUUCAAGCACGGUUGGUUGGGACACCCUCUCGUUCAGCUAUACUCCUACCACCGCCGGAACACACACCUUUGAGAUCUAUGGCUAUUGUACCGGCACCUCCCAGUAUGCUGGAGCCGCUAUCGAUCUGGACAAUGUGCAAUUUGUUGGACCUGCGGUCACCUCAUGUUCGACCCAGACCAUCACGAUUACCCCUACGCAACUCCCAACAUCCACCGUGAUUCCAACCACCACUUCAAUUCAGACAUCCUCCUUGCAAGUGCCAUCUCCAUCUGUGCUCUCAUCGUCGAUGGUUACUUCCCCCACGCCAUCGGCUGUGACACCAGUGGUGAUUACCAGCAGCAGCACACCCUCGUCGCAGGUCUCUGUGAUUGUGCCUUCUCUUAGCACUGCUUCUUCCGCCAGCGCUGUCGCACCGUCCAGCGUUGCUUCUUCGCCCAGCGCUGCUGCUCCAUCUAGUGCUGCUAUUCCGAGAAUCAGCUCUUCAUCUGCCGCCGUCAGCCCUCUGGCUCAACGUCCUGCUACCCCUGCCGCCUCUCCUUUCUCGACUAUCGCAGUCUCGGUUCCUUCUUCAAGCGGAGCAGUGACUCUGUCUGUUUCUUCAUCCCCUGUGUCUGCAUUGACCUCUCAGAUUGCUGUUUCUGCACCCAGCUCUGUGGCUGUUAUUUCCCCAGUCUCUUCCGCUUCUCCAGUCAUUCCUUCUUCCUCCGUUGCAGUUAUUGCAUCUUCCAGCAGCGGUGUCAUCGCUUCUGGCGCUCCCUCCACAAGAAGAACUACCUACGUCACUGAGACUAUGACCGUCUCGGAGACAAUUUGCUCCACAAGAGCGUCUCAAACUCAACCAACUGCCAUCGUGACAACCACUGGAACUUCUGACCAAGGCGGCUCGAGCGGAACGGAGGGCGGAAGCACUACAUCAACCAUUCUCAGCACUCGCACUGCAACCAUCACCGCUUGCCCAUCGAGUGUGUCGGACUGUCCUGCCUCUGCAAAGAGUACUUUUGUGACAACCGAGACUUUGGUGGUCUCUACAACUAUCUGCCCUGUCACAAUGACCGAGGCUCAACCUACCACUGGUGCCUCGCUUACAGGAGGAUCCAACACCGGUCUGCCCGGCGGUGACGACGGCCGAAGCACUACCUCUACUGUCUUCAGUACUCGUACUGCCACCAUCACGGCGUGCCCUUCCACCGUCCCCAACUGCCCCGCUUCCGCAAAGAGCACCUUUGUUACUACCGAGACUCUGGUCGUCUCAACGACUGUGUGCCCCGUGACUGCUUCUGCCACGGCCCAUGGCACCAGUGGUGUCUCCACAGCCACAGCCCUUCCGACAGCCAGCAAUGGAUCGACUUCUGGCUCCAGUGCGGCUUCUGGCUCCUCGUCUGGGCCUGGCGUUGUCUCGGGCUCGGGCUCUACUACUGGCUCCAACUCUGGCUCCGAUUCGGGUGUUUCUUCUGGCACUAAUUCUAGCAAGCCUAGUGGUUCCAAUGCUGGUUCCUCUGCUGGCUCUUUUGCCGGAACCAGCUCCGGCUCCGGCGCCACCUCUGGUAACAGCUCUGCUGGCACUAGCUCUGGCAGCAGCUCUUCUGCUGGCUCUAGCUCCGGCAGUGUCUCUGCUUCCGCCAGCUCUAGCUCUGGCAAUGGCUCGCCUGCUGGCUCUAGCUCCGGCUCUGUCUCCAGCUCUACCUCUGGUAGCAGCUCCACUACUGGCUCCAGCUCGGGCAAUGGCUCUGCUUCCACCGGCUCAAGCUCCGGCAAUGGCUCUGCUUCCGCCGGCUCUAGCUCUGGCAAUAGCUCUUUCACCAGCUCUAGCUCUGACAAUAGCUCUGCUGGCUCUAGCUCUGGCAAUGGCUCUUCUUCCGGUGCUACUCUGGCAAUGGCUCUUCUUCCGGUGCUAGUGCUGCAUUUGGAUAUGCCUCUGGAUCUGCCUCUGGAUCUGCCUCUGGAUCUGCCUCUGGAUCUGCCUCUGGAUCUAGCUCUGAUACUGCUCCUGUCACUGUCAGUGGUGUCUCGCCAGUGUCUGAGUCUGGAGACCAUACUGGAAACCAUUGGUGCUGCUGGGGGCAAGAACAUUUCUGCUCCUGCCUCGUCUAGUACUGGCUUCCAAAGGAUCUACAGCAGCACUCCGACGGCUGCGUCUUCCACUGCUCAAGUGACCGCAGUCUCAACCGCGUCUAGUGCAGCUGGUGCUCUUUUCACCGGUGCGGCUUCCGCCAUGCACAUGACAAAUGGGCAAAUGAUUGGAUCCCUUGCCGGUGGAUUGGUCUCUAUGCUCCUCAUGUUUGUCUAA